CCUAGUUCGCAUAGUUUGUGUCAAUAUCGCUGUGACUCCGUCUCCGACUUCGAAUUUUCCAACACGUUUUCGGGGCGCAAAAGCUCUCUAGUUUUUAUUUUUUUUGGAAGAACAUAAUUUUUGGUGGAAAGUGAGCAGCUCGAGGUUCGAAUCCGGUUCGGGAAGAAACGAAAUCAACGAAAAAAAAAGAAGUUAAAUAGUGUGUGAUUGUGCGUGUGUGUUCGAUUGGCCCGAGGGUUGUUUUGGCUAGCGAAGGACACGAGACCUUGCCAGAAGCAGCUUGAGCAGCAGCAGCCGAAAGGAAUAGAACGGAAGUGAACGCUUGGAGUUCGAGCCAACCAGGCCCCAGCUUUGAAAAUGUUAACACCUCGGAUAUUUAGAAUAGCGAUAGUACUAUGCAUCAUCGUCGCAAUCUUCUCACAAACCACAGACAGUGCUCAGACAAAACGCCGCAUCCGGCGGCCAACUAGCCUCAAGUCCAGCGCCGCCACCUCCGCCAAACAGCCCGAAGAGGACAACCGAAUCCCGGUGAAGAAGAUCGCCCAGGAUCGGUCGGACCAAGCGCCGGCCUCCGCCACCAACCGGUUCCGGGUGCGGUCCAAGACGCGUGGCGGUACGGCACUUGCCGCCGGUGCCGCUGGAGUCGUAGCUGGAGCGGCCAGCAGCAAUGCGUUGGUCACGAAGAAGGUCCAGGACAAGGAUGGCUACAAGAUCGUCUGUUACUACACGAACUGGUCCCAGUACCGGACCAAGCUGGGCAAGUUCGUGCCGGAGGACAUUCCGGCCGAUCUGUGCACGCACAUUAUUUUCGCGUUCGGAUGGCUGAAGAAGGGCAAGCUGAGCUCGUUCGAGAGCAACGAUGAAACCAAGGACGGCAAGACCGGGCUGUAUGAGCGUAUGAUGACGCUGAAGAAGGCGAAUCCCAAACUGCAGAUCCUGCUGGCGAUUGGAGGUUGGUCGUUUGGUACGCAAAAGUUCAAGGAGAUGUCCGCGACGCGGUACGCCCGACAGACCUUCAUCUACUCGGCCAUUCCGUUUUUGAGGCAGCGUGGAUUCGACGGAUUGGAUAUGGAUUGGGAGUACCCGAAGGGAUCGGACGACAAGAAGAACUUUGUUGCGCUGUUGAAGGAAUUGAGGGAAGCGUUUGAAGCUGAAUCGCAGGAGAUCCGUUCGCCAAGACUGCUGCUGACCGCUGCCGUGCCCGUUGGUCCGGACAAUGUUCGUGGAGGAUAUGACGUUCCGGCUGUCGCUAGCUACCUGGACUUUAUCAAUUUGAUGGCGUACGAUUUCCACGGCAAGUGGGAACGCGAAACCGGACACAACGCCCCUCUGUACGCUCCCUCGACGGACUCGGAAUGGCGCAAGCAGCUGUCGGUGGAUUUUGCCGCUAACCUGUGGGUCAAGAUGGGAGCCCCCAAGGACAAGCUGGUCAUCGGAAUGCCCACGUACGGUCGCUCGUUCACGCUGACCAACACCGAGCGGUACAAGGUCAACUCCCCGGCGAAGGAUGGUGGCAAGGCCGGAGAGUACACCAAAGAGUCGGGUUUCCUGGCGUACUACGAGAUCUGCGAGAUGCUGCUGAACGGUGCCGCGUACGUUUGGGAUGAGGAAAUGAAGGUCCCGUACCUGGUCGACGGUGAUCAGUGGGUUGGCUUCGACGACGAACGCUCGAUCCGUAACAAGAUGGUGUGGAUCAAGACGAACGGCUUCGCCGGCGCCAUGGUGUGGACCGUGGACAUGGACGACUUUAGCGGAACGGUUUGCGGAGGGAACGUUAAGUACCCGCUGAUUGGAGCGAUGCGCGAGGAACUGCGCGGGGUUAGCCGGGGGGCUGACGCCAAGGACGUCAACUGGGAGGCCGUCGCUGCUACUAUUGAAGACAAGGAAGUUGAAAAGCCAGCCCCGAUCGAGAUCUCCGUGUCCGAACUGCUCAAAAAGGUUCAGAAGCCGCAGAAGAAGAUCAUCAAGCAAGGAUUGGCCACCAUUGAGAAGAACUCUCGGCCCGGACAGGUCUUCUGCUAUCUGACCAGCUGGUCUGCCAAGCGCCCGGGAGCCGGCAAGUUUGAGCCCAAGGACAUCGACGCCAAGCUGUGCACGCACGUCGUGUACGCAUUCGCCACCCUGAAGGACCACAAGCUGACCGAGGCCAACGAGAACGACCCGGACAUGUACGACGAGGUGAUCGCGCUGCGUGAGCAGAACCCCGACCUGCAGAUCCUGCUGGCCAUCGGAGGGUGGGCGUUCGGAUCGACUCCGUUCAAGGAGCUCACCUCGAACGUGUUCCGCAUGAACCAAUUCGUGUACGAAGCGAUUGAAUUCCUGCGCGAGUACCAGUUCAAUGGGUUGGAUGUGGACUGGGAGUACCCACGAGGUGCGGACGACCGUAAGGCUUACGUUGAUCUGCUGCGCGAGCUGCGUAUUGCAUUUGAGGGUGAGGCCAAGACUUCGGGACAGCCACGACUGCUGCUGACAGCCGCUGUGCCAGCUUCGUUCGAAGCCAUCGCCGCUGGAUACGACGUGCCGGAAAUCUCCAAGUACCUGGACUUUAUCAACGUCAUGACGUACGACUUCCACGGCCAAUGGGAGCGCCAAGUCGGACACAACUCGCCCCUGUUCCCGCUGGACACGGCCUCGGCCUACCAGAAGAAGCUCACCGUUGACUACAGUGCCCGCGAAUGGGUCAAGCAGGGAGCUCCCAAGGAGAAGCUGCUCAUCGGAAUGCCCACGUACGGACGAUCCUUCACCCUGGUCAACCAGACCCAGUUUGACAUCGGUGCGCCAGCCUCGGGCGGUGGAAUGCCCGGAAAGUUCACCAACGAAGCGGGCUUCCUGAGCUACUACGAGAUCUGCGCCUUCCUCGGGGUGGACAACACCACGCUGGUGUGGGACUCGGAACAACAAGUGCCAUUUGCGUACCGCAAGGACCAGUGGGUCGGAUUCGACGACGAGCGAUCGCUGAAGACCAAGAUGGAGUGGCUGAAGGAGAUGGGCUUCGGUGGCAUUAUGGUUUGGUCCGUGGACAUGGAUGACUUCUCCGGGCGGUGCGGCGCCGGCAAGUUCCCGCUGCUGAACGUGCUCAACGACGAGCUGAAGGACUACAAGGUGGCGCUGGAGUACGACGGACCGUACGAGUCGCACGGACCGCGCGGGGCGUACACCACCAAGGAUCCCAACGAGGUCGUCUGCGCCGAAGAGGACGGUCACAUCAGCUACCAUCCGGAUAAGGCGGACUGCACCCACUACUUCAUGUGCGAGGGCGAACGCAAGCACCACAUGCCCUGCCCGGCCAACCUGGUCUUCAACCCGAACGAGAACGUGUGUGACUGGCCGGAGAACGUCGAGGGCUGCCAGAGCCACACGCAGACCCCUCCGGCUGCUUAAAGGGGGCGGGGACUUCCCUAAAUUCCUUCACAGAAAAAGAGAAGCACACAAAUACACAUUUUCGCUGGUUAGACCUUGAAAUGUGUUUAAGGAAGAAUCGUGUUGUAACUUUUUUAGAAUAUUUUUUUUCAGUAGAAGAAGAUGAGAAAACUGCCAAGCUAAGGAGCGCUAAAAUAACGAAAUACUCCACGCGAUCGACGUACUGUUGUAAAUAUCUCUUACAAGUAGCUCUAUAUUAAAAACUGUAUAUCGAAGCCAACAAAACCUAUCAGAUCCGAAAUUAACCCUCACUGCCCUCGAAACAAGUAACUGCCAUUUUGCUCUCACAGUGAAAAUUUGCACACAAAUUAAAACGUCAAGGUGAAAUUUAUUUAUAAAUCUUAACUAGUUGAACACUUUUUGAAACAUUGAAACUAGCAAACUAUCCGUAGAGAAAAUCUGAAAAUCAUUCUUUUUAUAACUCUUAUAUUAAUGAAUACUAUUUAUAUAUCAAUCAUUAAGAAAAAAUGCCCCCACAUUUAUAUAAGGUAUUGUUAAAUCUUAGUACGAAUAACAGCCGGAUGAACAAAGAGGAGAUAAAAUCAAUCGAAAAUCCAGCUAGAAGAAGAAUAAAACGUACGAUGAGUUGCGCAAUUCAUCGGUGGUAGUUACAAAAAGAAGAUAAGUGAAAUCGAGAGAGUCCGUUUUCCCUGCACAACAAACAAAAAAGGUUAGACGUAGUCCCACGUCACACGUUGUUUCGAAAUCCCCCGCAGCAGCUUCUUUGCCAAUAAUCGAGAUCACAAUUUUGUGUUUUUUUUUCUUAUGACAUUUUUUUGCGAACCAAUCAGCCGAAUUCGAAAAUUCUGUGUAAAUGCGUUUUUUGAAUAGAUGUAUAAAAUCUGUGAUAAUUAAGUGUAUAUAAAAAAGAAAAAGCU